AUGCAUAAAAUUGCGUUAUGGCCCUGGUUAGCCAUAGCCUGGAGAUGGAGAAUCGUCAUUAUAUUGAAUUUGUUAGCACAAAGCUGGUGCGCCGGCUCUGUCCCGUCAAGUGGUUUAAAAACAAGCGAUGGAAGUAGCAUCGGGGACGGUGGCGAAGGUGCCAGUAGCCGUGGCCACACGCCGGCCGGUGUACCCAGCCCGGUGGAGCAGGACGGUGUGCUAGCGGGACCCGCGACCAUCUAUACCGAGCGUCACCCCACAUCGCCGACGGAGGAAGCCAUCGAAGACUCUCUGCAAACAAUUCACGACAUCGCGACGGAAAACCUGGGUGCCCUCUGUCUGACGAAGCUCUAUCGGCCACUCAAGAUAACGCUCAACCCGGAGCGCUACACCGGUGCCCGGCAGAAGGCCGAUCUGGCCGCGGUCGUACUCCAGGACGUGGGUGUGUCACGCCACAACGGUUUGCUGGAUGCGCUGGCGAAGGGUUUGCUAUCCGACGCACACGUCACCAGUGCCCGCAUCCUGUCGAUCAACGUUAGCGAUGGUUUGCUCACCAACUCCGUCUGGUGGAACAAGGAACCGGGCGGUAUGGGUGGCCCGCUGCGCAUCGAGGCUGAAGGUAUAGCGAUCGGUACCAAACUCGAUCCCAGCUAUCCAUGGUUUGAGGAUGAAACGUCGUCACCCGGUUUACGGUCGCCAAAGUUUACGCCAACACCGCCAAACAUUUCGUACAAGGGCUGGUGGACCUACCCAUACUAUUCCUGCGGCCAGAAGAAGUGGAUCCUCUCGUACAGCGUCGCAAUCCCACCGAUGGGUCGGCACGGCAUACGCGGUUUUCUAAGCAUCGACAUCGACAUCAGUGAUCUUCAAGUGAACCAGUGCAACAAUCCGAAUCGCUACGAAAUCCUCAGCUACAACCAGCACCUGCGCCAAUUUUACCCGUUCUUGCGGAACCUCAGGCUCGGCGAGGAUGAACAGCUGCGGCAGAUCGAGGCAUUCCACGGUUCGCACAAGUGCCACGUGCACAGCAUGCGCUGUGAGUACCGCCCGGUCGUCACCAGCGUUAUCAGCUCGGCCGCGUCCCUAGCGCUGGGCCCGAAUGGUACCGGUCCGGUAAUGCAGAGCUUGGUGAAUGGUUCGUCGAGCGGACCGAGCGUACUGCUAGCUGCCGGCAGUGCACUGCAAACUGUCGUGAAUGGGUGGACCCGGGGUGCGUAUCAGUGUCGCUGCAAGGAUGGAUUUUAUUCGUUCCGCCACCCGGAUGGAUUCAAUGGCAGCAUCAUGGAGGUGGCGUACCAGGAAUAUCGGGAUAACAUUAGCUCCUACUACAAGGAGGUGUUCGUCUGCGUUCGGUGUGCACCCGGGUGUGCCACCUGUACCGGGCCGGAACCGUGCCUGGCGAGCUACAAUUGGGCAUUCAGAACGACACUGCUCACCUUCUCCAUCAUGUGCGCCGGAUUUACCGUCGUGCUCGCACUGUACAUGUAUCAGCACCGGAAGGUGAAAGUGUUCAAGGUGGCCAGCCCUAUCUUUCUCACCAUCACGCUGCUCGGUUGUGCCUUCAUGUACCUGGAGAUGGCGGCCAUCUUUCCCAUCCUCGACACCUACGCGUGCAUCGCCACCAAAUGGACGCGGCACAUGGGCUUCUGCGUGACGUACACGGCGCUGCUGAUGAAGACCUGGCGCGUUUCGCUCACCUACCGCGUCAAAUCCGCCCACAAGGUGAAGCUUACCGACAAGCAGCUGCUCCAGUGGAUGGUCCCGAUACUGCUGGUCAUGUUUAUCUACCUUGGCACCUGGACGCUCUCAGCUCCACCGACGGCGGAACGGAUCGAGGACCAGUACGGGUUGAUAUUCAAGCAGUGCUCGUACAACUGGUGGGACCACAGUUUGGCCAUCGGCGAGGUACUGUUUCUUGCCUGGGGAAUACGCGUCUGCUACAACGUGCGCAAUGCCGAAUCGCUUUACAACGAGGCAAAGCUCAUCUCCUACGCCAUCUACAACAUUGCGCUGGUCAACACGACCAUGGUAGCAUUUCACCUGUUCAUUUUCCCCCAGGCUGGGCCGGAUAUUAAAUACCUGCUCGGGUUCAUACGAACGCAGCUUUCCACCUCGGUCACGAUAGCGCUCGUGUUCGGGCCGAAAGUUUUGCGUAUCCUGCGCGGCCAGGGUGACCAGUGGGAUCAGCGGGCACGGAAGCGUGGCAUCACCGCGUCCUUUUCGCUCAACGGCAUCGGUCUGGUGCCGGAGGAAACGGCCGACCUAUAUCAGGAGAACGAAGAGCUGAAGGAAGAAAUUCAGAAACUCGCUGCUCAAAUUGAAUUCAUGAAAAUUGUUCACAUGGAAAUGAACAAUCGCCAUCUGAAGCCGAAACCGGGCGGCUACUUUACCAUGAAAAGCCCACUCGGCAAAUCGUUCGGUGGCGGCGGUACCGGUGGCGGUGGCAGUGGCAGCGGUUCGCACCGGCACAAACACACCAAGGAUGACUCGGUGAAGGAGCACAGCGGCGUCACGGAGGAUGGGCACAGCGGUACCAACAGUUGCUACUCGGGCACGGCUAACUCCAUCGGCUUUACAUCGCAACCGACCACCGCGGCAAACAACAGCAGUGGGAUGACCGAGAAGGUAUGA